AUGAAUGACCAAACGAACACGGAUCCGUUGUCGCCGAGGCAGCCAAGAACAAGUACGGGUGGUAAAACCGCAAGGCCCAACGCGAGGCGCAGAUUCAGGGGUCUGACUUGUGCGAACUGCCGCACAAGAAAGGUUCGUUGUGAAGGGAGCCAGCCAACCUGCAAAACAUGCCAGGCUUACGGCGACGAGUGCCGCUACGACAAGGCUCCGCCACUCUCUCAGCUCCUUGCCAUGGCCCAGCGACUCCAAGAGGCCGAGAAGCAGCUGGCGGAUAUGCGCUCCGGCAGAGAAUCAACCCCAGCAUCCGAAAGCGGCGGCGCGACCACAGACCAAGGGUUCCGGCCGGUCGUCAUUCCAGCUCAUUCUACAACAGGGACAGUCGAACAUUUGAGCCCGGCUCACCCGCCUGCAACAAACUCGACGCACCAUCCCUCUCCUUUGGACACGGGCGUUGGCAACACGGCUUUGCAGUCUUCCAGAGGAACUACAAGCCACAUGAAGCAAACGCCAGCAGCCCGCGAUGCCCAGGCCAUGCCUCAAGACUCAACAUUGACAGACGUCAGUGUCGACGAGCACGGCGAAAUCUGUUACUACGGCCCAACCUCUGCCGUCCACGAUCCGCCGCAACUAGACUCACCACUAUCGCUAGCCACAUCAGCUACAAAUGCGAGCGUGACCUCCAAGGCCGAUGCGCGAUCUGCCGUGGCCGCGUUUGCCAGGGAAUCUGCCACUUGGGAGGACUUCGCUUUAGGGAAUGCCUCGUUAGAGACCGGCAUCCCUCGUUCGGUGCUGGCAAAACUACUCCACGUACACUGGGCCUGGGUCUCUCCCAUGUUUACUUGGGUAUACCGGCCGGCAUUUGUGAGAGAUAUGGCCACCGGAGGGCGUUACUAUUCCGAGUUCCUCCUGACCGUCAUCUGCUCACACGCCGCGAAAUAUCAGGAUGGCGAAUACGCCGACAUGCUGCUUGCCCGGGCUCGCCGCCUCCUGGGUAACGCAAUUCAGGAGCCGAGCUCGAUCCCUACGGUGCAGGCCCUCCUGCAGCUAAGUGCCAGAGACCUUGCGCAGGGAUCUAUUUCCAGAGCUUGGGUGUAUAGUGGUAUCGCCUUUCGCAUGGCAAGCGACCUGGGGCUUCAACAUAGCGGACCGGAUCUCAGAGGCAUGGGGGCAAUUGAUCUGGAAGUCCGGCGCAGGCUCUUUUGGAGUUGUUAUUUUUGGGACAAAGCUACCAGUUUGUAUGCCGGUCGGUUGCCUGCUGUCACUGAAGUACUCCAUCCAAACACUCUCGAGCUCCUGGACGAUUCCACCGAUCUAGAUAUAUGGUCGCCAUAUUAUGGGAACUCUCUUAAUCUCACCAAGUUUACACAAAAUCAAUAUCCGCCCAUGCGUAACUACGCCGUAUCGACCUUCGUCAACUCCUGUAAGCUUUCCAUGAUUAUCCACGACAUCAUAGUUCAGCUUUACUAUCGGCGGAAUCGAACCAAUACCGAAGAAACCAUCAAGGAUAUCAAGUCACGUCUCGAUUCCUGGCGAGAAAACUCGCCGCGCCACCUUAAGUACAACCCUGAUAAUCUUCCAACCAUCUGUCCGCCACCACAUAUUAUAUCCCAAAACCUUCUCUACUUUACGACUAUAAUAUUGGCUCACCGACCAUUUUGGUCUAUCCCAUCCUACUACAAGGUUUGCAUCAGUGCAUCACAAAACAUUGAGGCACUUGUACUCUUGCUCGAGUCAACGUUUGGGCUGGAGAACAUCACCUACCUCAUGGGUUACUGCAUCUACACUGGCGCAUCUGCCAUCUUGGAAGAUGCCAAACGCAAUAAAGGACCUGCAAGCCAAACGCUGAAAACAUAUCUCCGUGCGCUCAACGCGGGCAUGAAAACCUGCCCGCUCUUAGAACGGAGCCUGCAGAUUAUCGUCAAGGGACUUAAUCGAUACCCAUCUAGCAGUAACUUGAGCCUCUCGGGCCACUCUCAGUCUCAAGGCGUGGCAGAAGUGAAUUUCCACAUCAGCGCCGCUACCGCGAAUAGCUACAUUCCCGCAUUUCCCUACCUUGGGCCGGACAUGUCUAUGGACUUUUCCGGGAGCUCAUAUCUGGGCAACCAGAAUCCAGACUCCAUGUCGAUGCUUGACUGCUUCCCCGAGAUGCAAACGGACUUUGGUGAGCUUUUGUACACGCAUGUGGACUAA